AUGAACAACGUGAACAAAACUGUCAAAAGGGGAGAAAUAUAUUUUAAUGGCUAUUUAAAAUAUUCCAAAAGGAAAAAGGUACCAACUCCUGAUAAUGCCCAUUGUGGUACAUACUCAACAAGGAAGCAAUGUUUGAUGGCUUCAAAGAAGGAAAAUGUUUUACAAAAUAUGCUAGUUGGGAAGAUAAAAGUUAAUCAUAUGGUUGAUGAAGCGGUAGAAAUGGAAGAAGUGAAGGAGAAGGAGAACAAAGGGGAAAAGGAUGGAGGGAACGAAGAUAAAGACGUAGACUUAACAGAACAAUAUGAACCGUACACUAGGGAACAUAAAUCUAGCGUUAUUCUAAAUAACAUAAAAGAGAGGCUUGUACGAAAAAAUUUUCACAAUGGAAAGAUAAAAAAAAGUUCUACACCUAAAUUUCCAGAAGGACAUAAUUCUAAUGACAACUGUGUUAUUACCUUUCUUCCACAUAAUAAUAAAGGUGUUUCAUUAAAAGCUGAAAAUAACGUUGUACUGCAAACUUGCUCUACUAUAUUAAACGGAGAAAAGGGAGGAGAUAAUUUAUUAAAAUCAAAAGAUCUUUAUACACAAAAAAAAGAUUGUGCUUUGAAAAAAAAUAACUUACAUAACAAAAAAAAAAAAAUUCUAUCAAAUAAGAGUUAUAACGAUCCAGCAUAUUUAGGUACGUACCAGAAAUAUGAUUCUUCUGGACUUUAUGAUAAAACUUAUAACAGAAAAAGUAGAAACAGAAUAAACGAAAAAAAAAGUAUAUAUAAAUAUGAACUGCCCACUAUAGCUUCUUUAGGAAAAAUGAAAAAUUUAAACUAUUUAAAUUUUACAAUUAACGAAAAUGAAAUGAAUAAAUAUGCAAAAAUGAUUCUAAAUAAUUUAUCGAACAUAUAUUUUGAAGGUAACGUUUUACAUAAUACUAUUCAACUUUGUAAAAAAACAAAGGGUAAAAAAAAAAAAAAAAUUUACAUUUAA